GGGGCAAAAUAAACUCCCCGUUAGUUCAGCAAGGUAGGCUUGGUAGCUAAGCUAGCGCCUCUCCGGUGUCCGUGCUGUUGCUAACAAACGCUAACUCAACCUCCGGCAAGCCGCUGCACCACUUGAUCAUGGUUGCUUGUUCCACAUGAUGCCUAUGCCAAACUGAGUGUCAGCGCAAGCUAGCAACUGUGUGAGGUACGCGAAACCAGCCGGAGCCCGUAACGGUACCACCAGCAGCAGCAGCAGCAGCAGCAGAUACGGGUAGUUUUGACCAGAGCCCUGCCUCCUGCUGCUAGCCGAAGUUCCUCCUCUGUUCCGUGGAUGAGGAGGUAGUUCGGGGAGAUAGCUAGCAUCAAACGCGCCGAGGCGGUGGAUACAUGUCUGCCUCUCCACCACGAGACACGCUACGAAAGGGACAUCUUGCAGUUCAUGUUUCGCCAAGAAGUCGGUGUGACGUCUUUUAUUCCAUCUUGUUCGUAUCUUUUCCAACACGAGAAGAGGAAUAUGUCCAGAUAUAACAUUUACAGCCUGCUGGACUGGAUCUACGGCGGGGUGGACCCGAAGUUCGAGGGCAACGGGGGCCCCGAGUGCGCCGCCUUCCUCGCGCCCCAGCAGCGCGUGAGCGAGAGUCUGGUCAUCGUGCUCGUGUCCCUGGUGGAGAUAUGCGUGGCGCUCAAGAAAAUAAACCUCUCCAAAGAGCUCAAAGUGGUGGGCAAAGACUGUUCGAGGGCAAAGGAGGAUAGUCUGGUCAAGAACCUGUUGCUGGUCGCCCUAUGCAUGACUUUUGGAGUUGAAGUCGGGUUCAAAUUCGCCACCAAGACUGUGAUCUAUCUGCUGAACCCCUGCCAUGUUAUGACAAUGGUUCAGAUCUUCCUGCUGGCCUGCCCGCCAUGUAAAACAGCAAUGGUUGUAUUUAGGCUGCAGGUCCAUAUGCUGAACGGUGCAUUACUGGCUUUAAUGUUCCCAGUAGUCAACACCAGACUGCUUCCGUUCGAGAAGGAGAUCUACUACAUCCAGCACUCAAUGCUGUACCUGGUGCCUCUUUACCUCUUCAGGAAAGGAGGUGUGUACAAGCCUGAGCCUCUGGGGGACAUGUGGUGGGCGCUGCUCUCCACUGGAAUCCUGUUCCUCUACCACUUCCUCUUCUUGCAGGUCCUUGGCUUGGCGACUGAGGUCAACCUGAACAACAUGCUCUGCCCGGCCGUGUCCGAUCCCUUUUAUGGGCCUUGGUACCGGGUGUGGGCGACGGGCCACCAGACCCUGCUGACCCUCCUUCACGGGAAGGUCCUCACGCUCCUCUCGCAGCACACGGGCUCCGCCUGCCGCUGCCUGCUGGACACACUCCGACUGCGCAGCAAGAAGGUUGACUAAAUGUCCACGAGGAUGCACACAGACCUGGCCUUUCAUUCUAAAUGCCUGCUCUAAUGGAGAUUUUUUCUUAUUUUUUCUUUCUUUUUUUUUUUUUACAUUUUAAUGCAUCUUUUCAGACUGACCAGCUGUUUUACUGAAAGCGGUGAGCAUUCGAGGGCCAUCUAUGUGUCAUUAUUUUAGUGUCGUUGUUGGCUUGCAUACAUACUUGCAUGCACAAACAUAAUGGGCGUUUGAAGACUGGUAGUUUGCAUUGUGGAGUUGGAUGGAUUUUGGCUCUCUUUCCCUUUUUUUCUUCUUUUUUUGGGGGGAAUAUCAUUUUCCAUAAACAACGUAAGUGAAUUUGGGGGAGACUUCCCAAGCUGCCUUUUUGUAAAUGUAAUGUUCUGAGGACAGGAAACAGGAGUCACCCAUAUGUCGACACUGAUCUGCAGUUGUUACACUUUUAGUUCUGUAUGUAGUAGUUAUGCUAGGUCAUAUGUUAGUGGGUAAGGCUGCCAUUUCUGUCUCAAGUGCGUUUUUGAAACAGAUUGUGAAUGUGCGAGCUGUUGUUAAAGUUAUUGCCUGUUUUAAAGCUGGAGGAUUUUUAUUUGUCAUGUAUGAUCACCUCUGUGUUGUCAUGACUGAAAAUGCAGUUAUUUAUGGCGUCCCUCUGUUCCCCAUUGACACCACACAUGUACAGGGUAUGAAAGCAUUUUUUAAGUGGCCUCUUGUGCAUUUCUGUCUCCAGCCUGUUCAGAUCAUUCCAGUUGUGAUAAUCAGGGGACACAAGGAUGUAGUAUGUGCUGAGACUCAAAGUGAUGAAUGAGGAUUUAUGGAUCUACACUGGUGUGUAGUUUUUUUGACAAAAUGUUUUUGUCUGUUAUUUUGUUGCGAAAUUGGACCACAUUUAGUGGGGUAUAAUAUUCAGUCGUUGGGAUGAAUGGGACAUUUGCCAAGACAGAGAGGAUCUUGACAAAAUAUGUAUCGGGGCUGGAAUCAUGCAUCAUGACACUUGACUUGAACUUGUUGCUUGAUUUUACAAGGCAUCCUGAAUUCACACGACCCCGACGACUAUGUGACAGCGAGUCACAGGCUCAGUUUUGUAUAAAAAAUAAAAAAAUGAAUUGGAUGAUCUGCAUGAGGUCACUUUGGGUCACGACCCAUUCGAAAGAAAGUAUUAACCAGCAUUGGCGAUUGGAAUAUUUAAGUCAUGGUAUAUAUAAUUUCAAGUGUGUGGGGUGUGUGUGUAUUACUGUAGCAUAUACUGUAUUUCACUGUAAAAAAAAAAAAAAAAAAGGGAUAGGACAAACUUUUGUAUUUCUAUUGGUCCCAGUGUAUGUUCUGUAUUGACAAUAAAAGUGGUUUCAGUU